AUGGAUCAGACUUUUGACGACCAUUCGGCUCCAUCAUCUUCCACCUUCAGUCCUGCUACCACUCUACAGCGAGGAAAGGCAUGCAUGAGUUGUCGCCGCCGUAAACUGAAAUGCGAUGGCGCACGUCCUGUUUGUCGUCAAUGCAACCGCGAUGGCACACCCGAAGAUUGUCAGUACACCACUGGGCCGAGCCGCUCUAGGACUCAAAUUUUGGAGGAACAUAUCAGCACACUCGAAGCUCGCAUCGAAGAACUUGAAGGCCAUGGAGUACCGAGCUCGACUAUCGGGCUUUUCGAUCCUUACCAGCCGGCCACAUCAUCCAGUUCCUCGCGCUCGUCCUCUCUUCCUGGUUUGAGUGUUGCGCAGCUGACUGCGUUCGAUUCGCGAACCCAGCCCAUCCAAGAAGUUGGCGCCACUCACCCUCCUGAGACUGAUCAGGCUUUCGUUGACGAACCAGACCUCCUGGACAUCUUCUUCCGCCACGCGGGCCUAUUUGGCUGGUUCCUUCAUACUUCACGUUUUCAUGCUGGCAUCACUCAACCGGCUCACCUAGCCAAUCCCAAUCGUCCAGUACCUCUGCUUCUCUCUACAAUUCGGCUGUGGGCCACUUUUCUCUCUGGCAUUCAUUCCAGAAACGAAUUUUCUGAGCGAGAGUCUGGUUUGGUAUCUCGCAUUCGAGUACUCCUCGGUCGUCAGCUUUCCGACUUGACGCCACCCCAAGUAUUGCAAGUUAUACAGGCAAAGGUUCUGUUUGCCACGUAUUUGUUCACAACGGGACAGUUGCUCGAUGGGAGGCAGGUAUGCGAUGCGGCAGUAUCAUUGGUGAUUAGUUGUGGGUUGUACAAGAUCAGGUCGAUGCACGUCAGGACGACGGGUAUGUUAGAGACGGUGAACGUGGCUCUGUCUGAGCCUUUAGAUCAAGUUGAGGAAGGGGAACGACUCAACGCUUUCUGGACGGUGUUCUCCCUGGAUAGAUCUUGGGCCGUUGUCCUGCGUUGCCCCACUUUCAUGCCCGAUGACGAUUUCGCAGGGUCUCGGAUUGAUUCCCCUUGGCCGUUGGACAUGGAGAGUUACGAGGCGGGGCACGUCUACCCGAACCUUCGUACAAGCGGGACGUUACGCAUCUUCCUCGGCGGUUUUAAUACGAGUUGGCCAUGGGAAAAUCAGUCUGUUCUCGCUCUCCUAAGCAAGGCAUCUGCUCUAUUCGAAAGAGCCGCAAGACUAUCUACAUCUUGGAGUCCUGAUUCCACGGGCGCCGACAAAUUUUAUACAGACUUCCUGUCCCUCGAUCAACGCAUCGAAGACUUCAAAUCCCAACUUCUGCCAUUGGUACCUCUGGUCGCGACAUCCGAGCUAGAUCACGUUCGCUCUCUUCACCUCGUUCACUGCCUCACGCAUGCCGCCAUAAUCCAAUUACAUGGAACUUUUGUAAGCCAGGUUCAAACUUCGAAGGAAAAGUGUUUGGGUGCUGCGCUGUGUAUAGUGAGAGCGAAUGAUGAAGCGAGGAUUCAUGAAUUUCUAUUCAUCAAUCCGUUGAUCGCGAUGAUAUGGUCCAGUGCCGCCCGAGUGAUUAUUGAAGAGCUCCUUUCGCUUGGCACGUUUAGCGUCGACCAGGAGAUCUCCCCGAAUCAGGUCGACCAGGAAUUGGACCUUCGCAACGCUAUGGCGGGACUUACUACAUCGAUGUCAAUAUUUGCCACAUCCUGUCCGCUCAUGCAAUCACAGGCGACGAGGGUUCAGGAUGAAUACGCAGGCGUCUAA